AUGCGUAGGCCGCGCCGCUCGGACCCUCGCGGUCUUGGCCGGACGACGACCCUGACGUCAUUGUCACCCCGAGCAGCUGAGCAGCGCGAGCCUGCGUGUGCAGAGCACCGUCUGGCAGAGGAGAGCAGCCGCAGCGCGAGUCUCAUGUCAUCACUGGACUUGAUGAAAAAGGAGUGUUUCGCAUCUGGGACCCUGUCCUCGGCUUCUUUCAAAAGAAGAUUCAUAAAGAAGAGGAGGGUCGCUCCGAAGGCGGCGCAGGAUGCGGACAGCGAGUGUCAGCUGUGCAGGUAUUCCAUACUUUCCCUGACUGGCAAUAGUCGAACCGUUCGUCGAAUCCUGACCGCCUGCCUCCUCUCCUUCCUGGCUCUGCUCGGCUCCGUUUCCUUCGACCUCAGCUCCAACUUCGACGUGCUGCACGCCACAGAGGCGGCUUACAACGAGCUGACUUCGUGCAGGACGGCUGCUUUCCUGCAACUCGUCAGUAAGCUUCAGAAGAUGAGGCACCUGUUCAACAAGGACGUGGAGAACGAGACGUUGGAGGCGAGCUUUUCGGAGAUUGUGUUGCCCGUCUUCGACCGUCUCUGCGAUGAAAUGGCGGGUCACAGUGACGGCCACGGGAUUAAUUGCAGCGUUGAGUUGUCUGGAUUUUGCAAUCAGGUAUUUUUAAAUGCUUCACUGGAUACAAGUGAAAAUGAUACCUCUGCUUUCUCUCUGGCCAUCGGAAGACUUCUGGACAUCUGGGGAACAAUAGAAGAUAGUUUAGUCAAAGUCAAGCAGAACUCUUACUGGAGAGACGUCCUGUCUGCACGACUUCUGGUGACAUUCAUAGAGCUCAACCACCAGCUGCAGGACUUCCGCCACAUGGCAGCUCUUACUGGCUUCCAGUACAAGUGGACGUACAUACUGAGCUACCUCAGCUUUGCCAGGCUCAUGACGGAGCGUUUGAACGAUUGCUGGCUAGAAAAUAUAGACCUUAAGUUAAACUCAAGCUUGGAUGUUCAACAUUCUUCUAUUUUAGACACGAGUCAGUGGCAGAUUUCUGGAGCUGGGGCUGAGCUUCUGUCUGGUUCUCACAGAGGAAUCGAAGCUCUGACAAACACCCAGCAGUGCUUGUUUGAUCGCGCCGUGCUGGCCCUCAGGUUGGCGUCUCGAUCCAUAUCUUCAGUCCUCAGCAUGAGGAUCUGCCUGCUGGCCUUGGCGUGCCUCAUCUACCCCGUGGUGAUGUUCUCGUUCAAGCAGAUGACGGAGUGGAUACAGAACUACACCCAGAGCUUGAAGGAGAAGACUGAGGACCUGAGGCGCCAGAGGCAGCUUGCUGAAGAUCUGCUGCACCAAAUGCUGCCCAAGUCUGUCGCCAAGCAGCUCCGCCAGCGCAAACACGUUGAAGCUGAGAGCUACGAAAAGGUCACCAUUUUUUUCUCAGACAUCGUGGGCUUCACGUCUAUUUCUGCGUCUUGUACUCCUCUCCAAGUGGUGGAAAUGCUCAACAACCUCUACAUGUGUUUUGACACGCGCAUUGACUCCUAUGACGUCUACAAGGUCGAGACGAUCGGAGACGCGUACAUGGUGGUGAGCGGUCUGCCUGAGAGGAACGGCGACAGACAUGCGGACGAGAUUGCCAAAAUGGCGCUGGAUCUGGUGGCGGCCGUCAGACAGGUCUCCAUCCCCCACAUGCCCGACGAGAGGCUGGAGCUCCGAGCCGGCAUCCACACAGGUCCGUGUGUGGCAGGAAUCGUGGGCUACAAGAUGCCCAGAUACUGUCUGUUCGGAGAUACUGUCAACACGGCCUCUCGGAUGGAGUCCACCAGCCUGCCUCAGAGAAUCCACGCCAGUUCAGAAACCUAUUUGGCUCUGAUCAAAGACAACGCCUACGAGCUGCAGCUUCGCGGGGAGAUAGAGGUGAAGGGCAAAGGCAAAAUGAACACUUACUGGCUGGUCGGACACAAAAACUACAGCGUGCAGAAUGACAGUCUGGUUUGCCACUGGAAUCCAAACAAGAACAGAAAGAAGAAGGUGGUGGCAGACAGCCAGGUCUCUGUGGACAACGUGAGUUAAAUUCAGUCCGGUUUGAGUUUUAGUUUUGCACGUUUGUCAUUCGAAGAGACACUUUUGUGCCUGUCCUGUAGCUGUCAUCUUACAUAGUUAAGUAUUGUUGAUAAAAUGUACAUUGCGCUUUGAACAACCCACUUUCUGCCUAUUUGGUUAUUGCUUACCUGCAUUAAAACCAGAAAGUUUUUAUUUAUUUAUUUGUUUUAGAUAUAGUUACGUUGUUUUAAAUCUCCUCGUAAUUCUGUAAGCUUAUCCUGAUGGUUAUUUAUGUGCUUUGUGUUCAUGACUUGCAAACAAAAAACCUGUUGGGUUCGUUUACACAUGUACGUUUUGAUGCUGUGUUCAUAAAUGUUGCGGUAAUCAGCAG